UGGUUCCUUCCAGCAAUGGUAGCCGCAGCGUGGUGGAGGAGAAUCCAACGUGGAUAAACAAACAACAACAACCACACUUUCUGGGUUUAAACGGCUCUUUACAACAACAACUUCUUGCAGUUUCACAUUUGAGGAUCUUUUAAAGUCCGACCAGUCAAAUAAACCCGUCAGAGAUUCCGUCUCGUAAUGCCUCAUCGAAAGAAGAAAUCGUUCAUUGAGAAGAAGAAGGCCGUGACCUUUCACCUCGUCCACAGAAGUCAGAGGGACCCGCUGGCUGCAGAUGAGAAAGCGCCGCAGCACGUCCUCCUGCCCGCCACCAAGGGGGAAGUGGAGAAGAGGCGCGAGGAGCAGAGGGAGUUCGGCGUCUUCUUCGACGACGACUACAACUACCUGCAGCACCUGAAGGAGGCGUCGGCCACGACUGAGCUGGUGGCCGCCGGGCCCUCGCACCAUCUCCGGGACGAGGAUGAGGACGAGGAGAACGAAGAGGAAGGAGACGCCGACAAGGUCGUUCCUGCAGCUUCCAUCAACCUGCCGUCUUCAGUGUUCGCCUCGGAGUUCGAGGAGGAGGUGGGACUUCUGAACAAAGCCGCUCCUAUCUCAGGACCGCGGCUCGACAUGGACCCCGACAUCGUGGCUGCUCUCGACGAAGACUUCGACUACGACGACCCCGACAACCUCCUGGACGACGACUUCAUCGUCAAAGCAAACAGCGGCGCAGUGGACAUGCGAGGUGAUGACGACGAUGAUGAUGAUGAGUGGGAGGACACAGACGAGGAAGGCGACUUCGACUCCGAGGGCGGGCUUUCGGGCGACGAGGACGCGGAGGGGGGCGGUCGCGGCCGAGAAUUUCUCUUCAUGGACGAGGAGACGAAGAGUCGAUUCACGGAGUACUCGAUGACGUCGUCUGUGAUGAGGAGGAACGAGCAGCUCACGCUGCUGGACGACCGCUUCGAAAAGUUUUACGAACAGUUUGAUGAUGAUGAGAUCGGCGCUCUGGACAACACAGAGCUAGAGGGCUACAUCGAACCCGACAGCGCUCGCCUGGAAGAAAUUAUCAAAGACUACUUCAUACAGAAAGAGAAGGAAUACCUGAGGCCUGAUGACUUGGGUCCCAAAGAACUUCCUGUUGUGAAGGAGGAGGAGGAAGACGAGGAGGAAGAAGAGAUGGAAACUGUUGUCGUGGGGCCUCCAGAAGAGAAGUGGGACUGUGAAACCAUCAUCAGCACAUAUUCCAACAUAUACAACAGACCCAAAGUCAUUGAAGAACCAGCAAAGUCAAAGCCGAUCCGUGUGUCCAGUAAGACGGGCAUCCCUCUGGACGUCCUCCCCACCAAAGGCCUGACCACCAAGCAGGCUGAGCGCAUGACGAGGAUCAACGACUCGGACCUCCCCCGUGUCUCCACCCAGCCCCGCGACAAGGAGGAGAGCAAAGACGAGAGGAAAGCGAGGAAACAGGCCAUCAAGGAAGAGCGCAAGGAGAGGAGAGCAGAGAAGAAAGCCAACAAGGUGGCGUUCAAGGAAGAGAAAGUGCGACAGGAGAAGCAGAUGUUGAACCUGAGAACGAACGUUCAAGGCCUGAAGCUUUAGUAGCCGACUGCCGGCGCUCUGCCCGCACAGACUUUGUGCCCAAUGAUGGUGCCGUCAUGGGACACGCUGCUCUUCGCUUCAGUGGAGCUGAGAGGACAUCAAACGACCUCAAAGAGGACUGAUUGGGGUUGAGAGAGAGGCUCUGGGUUUUAGACCAGAUUCUCCUCAAAUAAUCAUGAGAUAAAGUUAAUUUAACUAAAAAAAAGAAUCUACUUUAUCUACAGUAAACCAGCUCAGGUCAUCAUCUUAUAACACAGUUAAAUCCAGGAAAGUUAAAGGCUGGGUAUCAAUCUUUUUUUUUUGGGAAGUAGAGUAUUAAAAACGUUGUCUGGUCACAUGCUAAUGUUGUUUACUCGUUCUCUGAUCAGAUCCUGGUUUAAAAUCUAUUUAUUUUCUUGCAGUGACCGCUCCAUGUUAAACCACAUUUAAAGGAAAAGUUUGACAUUUUUGGGAAGUAUUUUUUUAAGCUGAGAAGAUUGAGACCGCUCUUAGGUUAGCACAAAGACUGGAAGCAAUAAACUUCAAGCAUGUCCACCUGCCAGCACCUCUAAAGCUCACUGAAUAACAUGUUAUAGCUUUGUUAAUCAUUACAAAGACACAAAUGUAAAAUAUGUUUUUAUGGGGGCAUAAAAUCCUCAUAAAGUGAUUAGUUGUUGGUGUAGUUUCGUCCAGAAGAGUGGUACCGACCUUGUCUGACUCUCGGGCCAGAAAGCAAAUAAACGUGUUUCCCAAAAGGACAAAUUAUUUCUUUAACAUUCAAAAACUUCUUCAGCUUCCUUUGUUGAAUGAAAAAGAAGAAAUUUAGUAAGAAACUGUUUAUAAUCCUCAUGAAUCGUAUCUGUGUCAGGACUGAACUUUAAUCUAAAAGUGUUCGUUGGUACCCAGCCUACAAAUACUUCCUUAUAUGUGGAAUAUAAGACUAAAUAAAAUAUCAAUAUUG